AAGAUCAAUAAACUUGAAAACAUGGUGGUGGUGUCCUCCCAAGCGAAGUAGUGGGGAAGCGUGAAAGAAACUUUUCGAAACGGAGUUCUACUUUGCGCCUUGCUCCCUGUUACCAACGGGGAGAUCUCUCAAACUCUUUUGUUGACGUUUAUUUUGUGCCGAUCAUCUUGUCCACCGAAAGUACGGCUUCCCUGGCACUGUUUACGGGAGUCACCCACACCGGAAAAUGGCUGCUAUCCGAAAAAAGCUUGUGAUAGUCGGCGACGGUGCCUGUGGUAAAACCUGCCUUCUCAUCGUAUUUAGCAAGGACCAGUUCCCGGAGGUCUAUGUGCCUACUGUGUUUGAAAAUUACGUCGCCGACAUCGAAGUGGAUGGGAAACAGGUGGAAUUAGCUCUGUGGGAUACAGCUGGACAGGAAGACUAUGACCGUCUGCGUCCCCUGUCUUACCCUGACACAGAUGUGAUCCUCAUGUGCUUUUCCAUUGAUUCCCCCGAUUCCUUGGAGAACAUUCUGGAGAAGUGGCACCCUGAAGUGAAGCACUUCUGCCCAAGCGUCCCCAUAGUCCUGGUUGCAAACAAGAAGGACCUGCGCAAUGACCCAGCUACUGUCAAAGAGCUGGCAAAGAUGAAACAGGAGCCUGUUAAGCCUGACGAGGGAAGAGCCAUGGCUGACAAAAUAAGCGCCUUUGGCUACCUCGAGUGCUCGGCUAAGACUAAGGAGGGCGUGAGGGAGGUGUUCGAGAUGGCCACCAGGGCAGCGCUGCAGGUCAAGAAGAAGAGGAAGAAGAAGUGCUGCCUCAUGUAGAUGCCCCAAUGGCUGCACCCCUGCCUUUCUUUCUCCAAACUGCUCAUACUUAUGUCCCCUCUCUUGUCACCUGCUUUGGAACUGCCUUUACCCUCCCCAGUUUCUGCUCAGUUAGGAAUUUCUUCUUUUCCAUUCUGACCUCUAUUGCAACAAGCGCCCAUGUGCAGACAGGUUUCGAGACCCUCAAUCAUGCACAAGAGCUUAAGGCCCGCGCAUUUAUGUUGCUGCGCGAACAUAGGACUGUACAUCCGCUAGACCUUGGAAAGUUAAUACUAUGUGCUCAGGAGGGGCUAUUGUGUGGUAUGAUUGACAACAGUGCCAAUACCUUUUUUUUUUCUUUUCUUGAGUCUGCUUAAAAAUCUUAUGUCAUUAUAAUUUUAUUUUCUUCCUACCCCCCUGCAACUGGCUGGGGUCCUUCUCUGAGUGCAGUCACUUCUUGCUUUCUGUCAUAUUAACGAACACGUCGUUUCUCUGCAGCUGAAGCUCACUUUCUUACAAUUUAUCGUAGCGGCACAUUUUUGAGCCACGUUUGCAUCGACUGCAAGGGAUCUUGGGUGACUGACUAGCAGUACCAGGGAAGAUAAAGUUUUUGUACUGUAAGCGUGCCUUCCCAUGCAUUUUGGAGUACCACCACCUUUUCUCGUGCAGUAGAUGUUGCCGCACUGAACCUUCCCCCACUGCCAUUGCGUGUCACGUGUGGUUCACGAGAGUUCUUUGGGAGGAAAAGUAUUGUUGAAGACAUGAUCCCUUCUUUGAACAAGUCAGUAUAUAGUGAAUGUAUAGUCUUUUCUUUUUUGUUUGUUCAUUUAUAUUCUUAUGUACGAUCUCUCGAUUAAUAAAUGUUGCCCCCCCUCCCCAGGGGCCAAUGAA